AUGCCGAUUAUAGAGAAAGAUAGAGUAGAGUCAGAUCUCAAGGCCGGACUGAAGAAGGUAUCGCCCACAGGAGUUCUGGAUGAGCGACAGACGGUGCAUCAAGCCAUGGCCGCCUCCAUUGAAGCCGAAGUAGCAAGAGGCUACGAUCAAGGAAGCAGUGGCAGAGGAGCGAUACCAAAGGUCCAAACGGAGGUUCCGUCAGAGAUUCGGUCGGCAGUUAAUACGGCACUGUUUCAGGCACAACAGACGUAUGAAUCGGGAAAGCACAGUGAGUUCAAUGCAUUCAAGGAGCAAAUGGAGGCCGACAUGAUGCUGUUUAUGAAGGACAUAAACGACUGCAGGGCAUCGUGGAGGAAGGACUUCGAGAGCCAGUGGAUGAGUCAACAGCAGCAGCAGCCGGCAGAGUCUCAUUCGAUGAAGCCUCCCGAACGUCAGUUCCAACAGCCGCCUCCGUGUCAGCCGACGGCAAGGUGUUCCGACCGAGGAUGGCAGGGGCCAGCAUCUGCACCACCAACCGGACCAAAGAUGCAGCACGCAGAAGCAAGGGCGGACACAAUAAGACAGGUGGUCCCGUUGCCGGAAGACUAUUCAAAGCCACCACCGAACAUAUACGGCAAACAGGAUCUGUCGAGGCCUCCGGAACGAGCCGCGUCCAGGAUCGGCUGGGAAGCACGGGGUUACCAACCGCCGGGUCAAGCGUUGUCGCUGGAGAUGGAGCCAGAAUGGGACGCGUCAUACGUACCCUCGGCAAUGAACCAAGCCGAGUCGUUGGGGCAAACGCGAGGGUCAAGCCAGGCCCGAAUGGAAGUGGGACAUCUCCGCAAAUGGGGCUUGUUGUUCGAUGGCAGUCCCAGAAGCAUGCCGGUCUCGGAGUUCGUGUUCCGACUAGAGCACCUGCAGAGGUCGUAUCGCAUUCCGUGGAGCGAGGUGCUAAGGGAGUUCCAUGUGUUAGUGGAAGGUCCAGCCAGAGAAUGGUAUUGGAUGUACAUACGUACCAACGGGAAGACGGACUGGCCAUAUCUGCAGUACGCACUCCAAAAGCAAUUUCAAAGCCAUAGGUCGAACUUUGAGAGAGAGUAUGAGCUGCGAGAGAGGAAGCAAAGAUCCGGAGAGAGUGUGGAGGCCUAUAUCCAGAUGAUGUUGACGCUGAGGGCAAGAUUGGAGACACCGGUAUCCGAUUUUGAACGAAUAAAAAUAAUAAAAAUGAAUCUGAGGGAGAGAAUAUCCAAGAUUGUAUAUCCGAUUCAUGUAACCAACCUGGAGCAGCUACGCCAUGAGUGUCACGAUGCGGAGAGGAUGCUAGCCACUCGAUGGUCUAGGCAGACGGCGGAGGGUGAGCAUCAAAGAGGAUUCUCUUAUCGUCCGAGGGUGGAAGAGGUGGAAGAUCAGCAGGAGGACGAGGACGGCUGGCCCGAGGAGGGUGAAGUCGAAGCCCUGCACCGACAAGAGAAGUCGAGGGAUAAGUCGACCCUGAAUUGCUGGAACUGCAACGAGCGGGGGAACACAUUUUGGGAGUUAAAUAUAAAUAAGCAGAGUCCAACGUUAGAAAGAUCGGAUGGGAAUCCAAGUUCAGCACAAGGAGCGGAUUACAAGGAGGGUAAGCCGCGGUGUUUCCAAGAGUACCCAGUAACUCCAAGAAUCGAACGUGCCCAGCGGAGGACCGAGAGGCAAAGGAUAUGUGCAGCGAUUCGAGCCGCGGUGAGCGGCGACAACAGGCCGUUUGCGAUCGUGGAAGUAGAGGGAAACAACAUCGAAGGCCUGUUAGACAGUGGUGCAUCCGUCAGUCUCCUCGGUGAAGGAUGUCUGGAAUUGAUUGAAAAAUUAGGAUUGAGACGGGAAAAGACGCGAGCAAUCAUGCAGUCCGCGGGCGGUGCAAAACACCAGGUGCUUGGCAAGGUUUAUCCAGAGAUAAGAUACCAAGGUCAAACGCACCGCAUCCCGAUCCUGCUUUGCCCCUCUUUGAAGCAAAAACUUUAUCUGGGCGUAGAUUUUUGGAGGAAGUUCCACAUCGCACCCGAAGUCGUGAGAGUCGAGUCGUUGGAGAACGUGGAAACCGAGAUCCACAGCAAAGGGGAACCAGUAGAGCCUCACACCCUAACGAAGGAACAAAAGGAACGGCUGGAUAAAGUAAAGGAAGGGUUCCUGGCAUAUGAGAAUCAAGGGUUAGGACUCACAACGAUGGAACAGCACACCAUAAAGCUAGUAGAGGGGGCAGUGCCCGUCAAGGAAAGGUUUUAUCCAGUGUCCCCGGCCAAGCAGCAACUUUUGUUCGCUGAAGUGGACGAAAUGUUGAGACUCGGAGUCAUCGAGCUGAGUGAGAGUCCGUGGAACAACCGCACGACGUUGGUGCAAAAACCCGGCAAGAACAGGCUGUGUUUAGACGCCCGGAAGCUGAAUGCAUUGACGGUGAAGGAUGCCUACCCAUUGCAGAAUAUAGAGUCCAUCCUCAGCCGGGUCGAUGACACGAUUUACAUCAGCAGCAUCGACCUAAAACAUGCGUUUUGGCAAGUGGAACUGGAGGAAAGGAGUCGUCCGUAUACAGCCUUUACUAUACCUGGGAGGCCGCUGUAUCAGUUCCGGAGGAUGCCUUUUGGCUUAUGCAAUGCGGCGCAAAGAUUAUGCAGGUUGAUGGAUAGAGUCAUCCCACAGAGGCUCAGAGACCGAGUGUUCGUAUAUCUCGAUGACCUGUUAAUGAUCUCGAAGACCUUUGAGGAGCAUUGCGAGUUACUAACAGAAGUGGGAAAUUGCUUACGGAAGGCGAAUUUGACCAUCGGAUUGCAGAAGUCAAAGUUCUGUUUUAAAUACUUGCGGUAUUUGGGGUAUGUUUUAGGAGAUGGCGCUCUGAAAACAGACCCACGGAAGAUCGCAGCCAUUAAAGAAAUUGAGGUCCCGAAGAACGUCCGACAAUUGCGCAGUUUCCUUGGCACGGCGAAUUGGUAUAGAAGGUUCAUACAAAAUUUUUCCGAAAUAAGCGCUCCUUUAACCGAUUGCCUGAAAAGAGGGAAAGGGCUACAGUGGACACCUGAAGCGGAGGUAGCGUUCCAGAAGCUAAAGCAAGCAGUGACCUGUGCGCCGGUUUUGACCCACCCUGACUUCCGAAAGCACUUCUGGAUUCAGUGCGAUGCGAGUCAUGUAGGUAUCGGCGCGGUGUUGUUCCAGAAGGACGACGAUAAAGCGGAACGGCCGAUCGCCUACUUUUCGGCAAAGCUGCGAGGCGCACAGCUGAAUUACAGUGUAACCGAGAUAGAGUGUCUGGCUGCAGUCAAAGCUGUUGAGAGGUUCCGUCCCUACAUAGAGAUGAUGCCGUUCACCAUCUUGACGGAUCACGCGAGCCUUAAGUGGCUGAUGUCUUUUAAAAAUCUGGAAGGGAGACUGGCCAGAUGGUUUCUAGCGCUACAGCCUUACCAGUUUAACAUCGACCAUCGGAAAGGAAAGGACAAUGUGGUGGCCGAUACUCUUUCACGCCCCAACGAAGUAGAAGAGCUGAGCCUUGUGAACAUGGAGACGACGGCGUUCGCCGGGAGUACCGGGAAAGAGUAA